GUGUGUGUGUGUGUGUGUGUGUGUGUGUGACCGCUAUAUGAGCUCCAUAUUCACACCGGCGGAGCUCCAGCUCAUAGCUCCAUCAUCUCCGGACUUUUCCUCUCCAUCUUUCCUUUUCUUCUGACUGAAACACAGCGCACGUGUUUAACAUCUCUGUGCUUUUGUCCUGAUGGUGAACCCCUGAGCGGCUGAAGGAGGAAAGUUGCCCGGGAUCUGUUGGAGAAAUCGGAACACCGGGGCAGAAAAUCGGGGAACAUCGGGGCAGAAAAUCUGAUCUUCUCUUCUUUCUGGAAGUCUGAUUGUUUUGGGGAUUUCUUAUUACACACGGAUGUGUUUUAGACCAUAACAAAGUGAAGAUCUCACAAUGUUCUGCUCUCUCUGACAUGUGGGAGAAGUUCAGCUGGAUGCAGGCGGUGAGACUUGGUUCUAUUUCCAUAUGAUCAACGGGACGUAGUGACGUCACAGCAAAUAAACAACACUACAUCAACAGGGAAUAAACAAUAAAAGUGUAGCUGUACUACAUACUGAACUGUACUGAACCACGUGACCGCUCGUGAUGACGAUGAUGAUGAUGAUGAUGAUGAUGAAAUAAUUACAGUCGAUGGCUAAUUCGUCAUAGUUCUAAAAUUGUGUGAUGGAGAAUAUUACACUGACUGACUGUGACCCACUCUUUUGGAUUUAAAACACACACACACACACACACACACACACACACACACACACACACACACACACACACACACACACACACACACACAAUUACAGUAAAGGAUCCAGAGACAGAAGCACAAGAUGAUGAGUCUAAAGUGUGUGUUACUGCUUCUGCUUUUCCAAUAUGGAGCUUCUCAAGACGAUGUCCCGCCAUACUUUAAGACAGAACCGGUGCGUUCUCAGCUCCACCUCGAGGGGAACCGUUUGGUUCUCACCUGCAUGGCAGAAGGUAGCUGGCCACUGGAAUUCAGAUGGAUCCACAACACCACUGAGCUCAUGCCAUUCUCCAUGGAGUACAGGUAUCUAAUCCCCUCUCUGGAUUGGACUCAUGCUGGUUUUUAUCGCUGUGUUGUGCGGAAUCGAGUUGGAGCUCUGCUGCAGCGCAGGACAGAGGUGCAGGUGGCCUUUAUGGGUGCCUUUAAUGACACUGUGAGAUCUGAGAGCGUGUCUCAGGGAGAUGCUGCCGUGAUAAAAGCACCGCAGAUCCACAGCUUUCCUCAGCCGCAGGUCAUGUGGUUCAGAGACGGCAGGAAGAUUCCACCAAGCAGCCGCAUUGCCAUCACUCUGGAUAACACACUGGUCAUCCUCUCAGCUGUGGCUCCAGAUGCUGGACGUUAUUAUGCUCAGGCUGUAAAUGACAAGAACGGAGAGAAUAAGACGAGUCAGCCAAUCACACUCACUGUGGACAAUAUCGGUGGUCCUGCAGACCCCAUUGCUCCAUCCAUUGUUUUUCCCCCCAGGAACACAAGUAUUGUUUCUGGAACUUCAGAGGUCACCAUGGAGUGUGUGGCCAAUGCCCGGCCAUUAAUAAAGCUGAGUAUCAGCUGGAGGAGGGACGGCGUUCCUGUACGUUCAGGUCUGAGUGACUUUAACCGCAGGUUGACGAUCCUCAGUCCCACUGUGACAGAUUCAGGAUAUUAUGAGUGUGAGGCCGAGUUACGGAGCAGCAGUGUGCCUUCUGUUAGUGCUGGGGCAUUUCUGCAUGUGUUGGAGCCUCCACAGUUUGUAAAGGAACCAGAGAAACACAUCACUGCUGAGAUGGAGAAGGUGGUGGACAUUCCGUGUCAGGCAAAAGGUGUUCCCCAACCUGAUAUUGUGUGGUAUAAGGAUGCAGUUCUCAUCAGUCCAUUAAAGAAUCCCCGUUAUCAUGCCCUGGCUGGUGGCAGUCUACAGAUUAAUGGCCUUCUGCCUAAUGAUACCGGGAUGUUCCAGUGUUUUGCUCGCAAUGCUGCUGGAGAAGUGCAAACCAACACCUACCUUGCAGUCACAAGCAUUGCACCGAAUAUAACUGCAGGUCCAUCAGACAGCACAGUGAUUGAUGGAAUGUCAGUCAUUUUGCAUUGUGAGACAGCAGGAGCUCCUCGACCCGCUAUCACUUGGCAGAAAGGUGAGCAUGUAUUAGCAAGUGGAUCAGUCCAGAUGCCACGCUUCACCCUGUUAGAAUCGGGCAGCCUUCUGAUAAGCCCCGCCCACCUAUCUGACUCAGGAAGAUAUAACUGUACUGCAAGCAACUCACGUGGCAUUGACCAGGCCUCAGCACACCUGGGGGUCUGGGCUCGUACCCGUAUCACUACCUUACCUCAGGAUCAAAGUGUCAUUAAGGGCACUAAAGCCACCCUGACUUGUGGAGUGUCUCAUGACCCCAGUGUUACUGUCAGGUUUGUGUGGGAGAAAGAUGGUCAGUUGAUUAACCCCCAGUCAUCACCACGGUUACAGUUGGACAUUAAUGGUACGUUACACAUCUCUCAGACGUGGUCAGGUGACAUUGGAAGCUACACCUGCAGAGUGACCUCACAAGGAGGAAAUGACUCUCACACUGCACACCUGAAAGUCAGGCAGCUGCCUCAUGCUCCUGAGAACCCGACUGCCAUAUUAAGCUCUGUGGAGAAGAGAACCAUCAACCUGACGUGGGCAAAACCAUUUGAUGGAAACAGUCCUCUCAUACGCUACAUACUCGAAGUGUCUGAGAACAAUGCCCCAUGGACGGUUCUCAUAGCAGAUGUUGCCCCGAGCUCCACAGCCCUGACAGUGAGGGACCUGACUCCAGCUCGGUCUUAUCAGUUUCGCUUAUGUGCUGAGAACAAUGUGGGGAGAGGAAGCUUCAGCACUGAGACAAGAAGAGUGUCUCUCCCAGAGGAGCCCCCCAGUGCACCCCCACAGAAUGUCAUCGCCAGUGGCCGUACCAACUCGUCCAUCAUGAUCCAGUGGCAGCCUCCCCCUGAGAAUCAGCAGAAUGGAGCGCUCCGGGGUUACGUAAUACGUUACCGCCUGACUGGUCUCCCAGUGGACAUCCAGUACAAAAACAUCUCCAAUCCAGAAGUGACAAACCUGCUCCUGGAGGAUUUGAUCAUCUGGACCAACUAUGAGAUAGAGGUUGCAGGAUAUAACGGCGCUGGACUGGGAGUCUACAGCCACAGGGUGACGGAGUGGACGUUGCAGGGAGUCCCGACUGUUGCUCCAGGUGGUGUUCAGGUAGAAGCUGUAAACUCCACCUCAUUACGCUUCACCUGGACUGCACCGAACCCUCAGUUUAUCAACGGCAUCAACCAGGGAUACAAGCUUUUAGCAUGGCAGGCGGGGCAGGGGGAGGAGCUUAUUGUGGUUACGGUUCAGCCCAAUUUCCAGGAUGGUGUCCAUGUCGGCAUCAUCAGCGGCCUAAAGAAAUUUACAGAGUAUUUCACAUCAAUUCUGUGUUUCACUACACCGGGGGAUGGACCACGGAGCCCCACCCAGAGAAUACGUACCCACGAAGACACUCCUGGUGCUGUUGGUCAUCUGAGUUUUACUGAAAUUCUUGAUACGUCUUUGAAGGUCAGUUGGAGAGAACCACAUGAGAAGAACGGCAUCCUCACUGGGUAUCGUAUCUCGUGGGAGGAGUUUAACCGGACAAACACACGGGUCACACACUACCUGCCCAACGUCACUCUACAGUACCGUGUCACAGGACUUACUGCUUUAACCACCUACACAAUCGAGGUGGCAGCAAUGACAUCUAAAGGACAGGGACAGCUAUCAUCAUCCACCAUCUCAUCAGGGGUACCACCAGAACUUCCUGGUCCACCAACUAACUUGGCUAUCUCCAACAUCGGCCCUCGAUCAGUUACACUGCAGUUCAAACCAGGUUACGAUGGAAAGACGUCUAUCUCCCGCUGGCAGGUAGAGGCACAGAGCAGUAUAAUUGGAGAAAACGAGGACUGGGUGUUGGUUCAUCGGCUGACUAAUGAGCCUCAUGCUCGAUCAAUGGAAAUACCUGCUCUCAAUCCCUACACUUUCUACAGAUUUCGUAUGCGUCAGGUGAACAUUGUGGGCACGAGCCCACCCAGUCAACCUUCUAGAAAGAUCCAGACCCUGCAGGCUCCACCUGACAUGGCUCCUCUUAACGUCACACUGCGCACAGCCAGUGAGACCAGCCUCUGGCUCCGAUGGGUGCCCCUACCAGAGUGGGAGUAUAAUGGAAAUCCAGAGUCUGUUGGAUAUAAAGUGCAGUAUAGUCGGAUUGGACAUCAUGAUAAAGUCCUAAGCCACAUAAUUCCUGACCGUUUGGAGAGAGAGUUUACCAUUGAAGAUUUAGAAGAAUGGACCGAAUAUGAAGUCAAAGUCCGAGCAAUUAAUGGCAUUGGAGCUGGACCAUGGAGUCAACCUGUUCAGGGGCGGACCCGAGAAUCUGUGCCCUCCAGUGGUCCGUCUAAUGUCUCAGCAUUCUCCACAUCCUCCAGCAGUAUUUUGGUUCGCUGGUUUGAAGUUCCCGAGCCUGACAGAAAUGGGCUCAUCCUUGGCUACAAGGUGGUGUAUAAGGAAAAAGAUUCAGACUCUCCUCUUCAGUUCUGGACCGUAGAAGGAAACACCACCCACAGUGCUGAGUUAACACAUUUAGGGAAAUAUGUCCUCUAUGAGAUACAGGUUUUAGCAUUCACACGUAUUGGAGAUGGACUCCCAUCCUCUCCUUCCAUCCUGGAACGCACUCUUGAUGACGUGCCGGGACCACCAGUAGGUAUCUUGUUUCCAGAAGUACGGACCACUUCUGUCAGACUGAUCUGGCAAUCUCCUGCUCAGCCCAAUGGCAUUAUCCUUGCCUAUCAGAUCACAUAUCGUCUAAAUUCAUCCAAUAGCAACUCUGCGACAGUGGAUGUCCUGAGCCCGAGUGCACGGCAAUACAGUGUGAAUUCGCUAAAGCCUGAAUCCGUGUACAUCUUCAGCAUCACGGCUCAAACUCGUAAAGGCUGGGGGGAUGCUGCCGAAGCCCUGGUGGUUACCACGGAAAAGAGAGCACGUCCUCAGCCUCCUCGCCAUCUUGUGGUACCUCAGGAGAGCGUGCGACCACGGAGCGUAUUGUUGUCAUGGGAACCAGGAAGUGAUGGUCUUUCUCCAGUCCGGUAUUACACAGUGCAGAUAAGAGAACUUCCUAUUCAGAAGUGGAUCGUCCAGUCAGCAUCUGUGAAUCACGAGGUGGUGCCAUACGCUGUGGAAAGACUGAAGCCCUUCACAUCAUAUCAGUUUCGUGUAAAGGCCACUAACGACAUCGGAGACAGUGAUUACAGCCAGGAGAGUGAAGCUAUCACCACUCUGCAGGAUGUUCCUGAUGAAGCUCCCAUCAUCCUCUCUGUUACUCCUCACACCACUACAUCUGUUUUAAUCGGCUGGCAGUCUCCAUUGGAGGAGAAGAUUAAUGGGAUUCUACUUGGGUUCUGUAUUCGUUAUCGAGAGCUAGUUUACGAAAGAUUACAAAACUUUAACACACAAAAACUCUCUAGCUGGAGUGAACUGACAUAUCCAUACAGUAUGAGGAACCUCAGUGAUCCAUCCCUCAGACAGUAUGAGUUGGACACUCUGAGCAAACACAAGCGUUAUGAGGUCCGAAUGAGUGUGUUUAAUGCUGUAGGAGAGGGACCAAUCAGCUCACCACAGGAAGUGUUUGUUGGAGAAGCAGUUCCCACCGCACCGCCACAAAAUGUUGCCAUCCAAUCAGCUACUGCGACACAGCUGGAUGUGACAUGGGACCCGCCCCCUUUGGACAGGCAGAAUGGAGACAUACAGGGCUAUAAGGUGUAUUUCUGGGAGUACGAACGAAAGAAUCACACUGAGAAGUUAAAGACACUGUUUCUGCCUGAUGGAGCAGUGAAGCUGAAGAAUCUGACGGGUUUCACCACCUACAUGAUCAGUGUCGCUCCAUUUAACGCUGCCGGAGACGGACCACGCAGCCCUGCCAUCAGGGGGCGCACUCAGCAAGCAGCCCCCAGUGCUCCGAGUUUUAUACACUUUAGUGAACUCACCACCACAUCUGUAAACGUGUCGUGGGCAGAACCGGUCUUCCCCAAUGGGAUCAUCGAUGCUUACCGUCUCGUAUACGAACCCUGCACCCCCGUUGAUGGUGUGAGUAAGAUAGUAACAGUAGAUGUGAAGGGAAAUGCCCCACUGUGGCUGAAAAUCAAGGACCUGGUCGAUGGAGUCACCUACAACUUCCGCAUUCGUGCCAAGACCUUCACCUAUGGGCCUGAGGUGGAGGCCAACAUCACCACAGGACCUGGAGAAGGUGCCCCAGGACCACCAGGUGAUCCGUUCAUCUCUCGUUAUGGUUCUGCCCUCACUAUACACUGGACCAAUGGAGAUCCUGGAAGGGCCCCAAUAUCACGAUAUGUCAUAGAGGCCAGACCCUCAGGGGCAAGUUGUAGGGCAGAUGAAGGUCUGUGGGACAUUUUGAUUAAAGAUAUUCCUAAGGAAGUGACUUCAUACACAUUCAACAUGGACAUCCUGAAACAGGGGGUGAGCUACGACUUCCGAAUCAUUGGAGUGAACGACUACGGAUACGGAUCUCCUAGCCAACCUUCACCAUCUGUAUCAGCUCACAAGGUAGCUCCAUUCUAUGAGGAGUGGUGGUUCCUUGUAGUGAUGGCAUUGGUCGGUCUGAUCUUCAUCCUCCUGCUGGUCUUCAUCCUCAUCAUUAGAGGACAGAGCAAGAAAUACGCCAAAAAAGAAAUUGGUAACAGCCCUAACUGUACCACGCUGACCCAUGGAGAAAUGGUGGGUCUGGACGAGAGUCACUUUCCUACACUGGAACUGAACAACCGGCGUCUGUCCGUCAAAACCUCUUUUAACCGGAAGAACGGCAUCUACACCAGGUCGCCUCCGAGGCCGAGUCCCGGCAGUCUGCACUAUUCUGAUGAAGACAUAAACACAAAAUACAGUGACCUGAUUAAAGCAGAGAGCAGCAGCUUAACGGAGAAAAAAUCAGAGCUGUCUGAUUCACAGGGCAGUGAGAGUGAGUGUGAGUGUGACACCACCCUUCAGAAUCAGAAACACUCAUUUGUUAAUCACUACAUCAGCGAUCCCACUUACUACAACUCUUGGCGUCGACAGCAGAAAGGAAUCUCAAGAGCUCCACCCUUUACUUACAGCCAAUCAGAACCUACUGAGCCUACUGCUGUUACUGUUCCUGACUCCAUUCCAGCCACACCCCCUAGCCCCUCCCACGCUGAGCCUCAGUGUCUCUUCAGACCCAAGGGCAGUCGGACUCCCACACCAUCGCAGCAUAGCUCCACCCACUCCUCUCUGUAUCGCCCACCAAGCAGCUUAGCACCAACAGCUACACCCCGCCCACCCAGCAGUUUGGCCCCACCCACAACACCCCGUCCACCGGUCGCUGGCUUCUCCUCUUUUGUCUGAUUGGAAGGACACAGUGACUAGAGCUGUGUUAUAAUAAUUCUCCUCUUACUACAAAGUUUCAGGCUCCACCCUAGACACUAAACUCUACUUCUACAGUUUCUUUACUAGAAAAUCUUUUAAGGCUUUAUCCAAAAUGAGAUGGUCUAGUUGGUAUUCUGAAUAAAAUUAUAUGGUCCUGUCCUAAACAGUAUUAUUUUAGUGUUCUUAACAGGACAUGUUUAGUCCCUGUCCCAAACAGUAGAAUUUACAGUCACCAUUUAAUUAAACAUAUGUACAUCUGUGCAUUUAUGCAGUUAUCCGAUCAGCCAAUCAUGUGGCAGCAGUACAUCAAACAUCACAAUGAUGAAACAGUAAAGAUAAAUAAAACCUCGAGGUAGAUGAGCUCCAACAGCUGAAGAUCACAUGGGGUUCAUCUCCUCUCUAUAGGAAUCUGAGGCACAUGAGUACAGACUCACCCAAACUGGACAGCUGAAGUCCAUAAACAAACCUUUUCCAGUUACUGUGACCCUUUGAUCUGGUCGUUCUCCUCUGAUCUCUGAGAUCAGACCUUUUUUUUAUUCCGAUGUUUGAUUUUAUACAACAUGUGAUUGGCUGAUUAGAGAACUGCAUGUGUGUGCUAAUAAAGUGGACACUGAGUGUGUUAUAAGCUCAUUGUUAUAAUUUGAAUGCUUGCUGUUCUCAGGCCCAUUGUUACAGCAUCUCAUGAAUAGUGUUCUCAUGGGAAUAUACUUUGAUGUAAAAUAUUUUUGUUAAAUGCUGAGUGAAAAGUGAAUUUCGGAGUCGAGUCGAGUCGCUGUGGCUCAGUCACUUCAGACACUUUAGAAUAACUGAACAGAACACAGGAGGGAUGGAGGGAUAAGCUCUUCCCUAUUUUAUCCUCACUGCAGUCUGACACCUGAGUCAUGUCCUGUCAUGUGAUUGGUUUGCUUUUAUUUUUUUACUUGUGUGUUAAAGCACAGAUCCUUAAGGGGUUUUCAGCUGCCUUUCUGACACAAUGUUGGAUCCAGGAGACACAGUCUGAAGUUGUGAAUAGGCAGCAGGAGGAAAUUGCUAGAAGACACGUACAAAAAAGUUUAACAAUACACUAAGAGACUCAGUUAAUCUGGAAUGUUUCUGGAGUCCUAAACUCUAAUCAGACUCCAGAUCGCUCGGAUCUAGUGUGCUCUGUAUCAGUGCACUAUGUAGGGCUCAUGUUUCCUCAAUGUAGUGGCUAGGGAAAUGUAUCUGUCUUUCUCUUACAGGAUUGAAUCAGGUGGACGCUGGUAUAGACAGAUCAGUGGAAUGAUGGGUGGAUAGGUUGGUAGAUAAAUCCUUGAUAAAUACAGGAAUGAAAGUGGGAUGAAGGGUUGCAUUUACAUAUAUGGCAUUUGGCAGAUGCCCUUAUAUAGACUGAUGUGAAGGUGGAACAAUGGAUAGAGGGUUAAAUAGUAAUGUAGUAUUCCACUGUGUGUGAUUACUGUACAAGUUUGUUUACUUUUCCAUUACAAAAACCUGCAGGUUAGAAAAAUAUAAUAAUAUUAAAAAAACAAGAAUGGGAGAAAGUUUAUUUUUACUACGACGUAGAAACAUGGAGGACGGAGCCUGAAAACACUGAUGUCAAUGUGUGUCUGUGUGUGUGUGUGUGUGUGUGUGUGUGUGUGUGUGUGUGUGUGUGUGUGUGUGUGUGUGUGUGUGUGUGUGUGUGUGUGAAUCAGAUUUAAACAUUGUUUUCGUUAUAUAAAUAUGACUGUAUAUUUCUGGCUGUGUCUACAUAAAGUGACAUUUUUACUGCUGAAGCCAACAUUAGCUCGUUAGACAGCUCGUCAUCUGGCUCAAAAAAGACCGUCAUCAGUCUCCUAUAGGCUGAAGUUAUAUAAAAAAGCUAAAAGCUGCUUCUAUUUUUAUAGUAUUUACCUUCAGGAAAGAGGCUUAAAGUUAGAAAACAUCAGUGUAAUCAGUACAACUGGUACUAAAACACAGAUGAUUUCUUUUAUCACUUUUAAUGUGUCAGAAUUUAAAAAGUAAUGAAUAUGUGACAAAUAAGAUUUUCUUUAUUACACACACACACACACACACACACACACACACACACACACACACACACACACACACACACACAAAUAAUGGUGUGUUCUCCGGUUAAAAUGGUUUUGUUGUAACAAUAAUGCUCCAAAAUUUUCUAUAUGGGGAAAUGACAAGACUCCAGGUUUAUUUUGAAGAGUCGCUGGGACGAUGUCUCAGUGUAGUGGGAUCAUGAGAUUUGGGUUAAUCAGACGGUGUGAUGAUCAGACAGUUAUGAGCCAGUUUUUCAUCCUAAUGCCAUAUAGAUCUGUAUUGUUUAUUACAGUGCAUUACAUCACAAUCUGAUCAGACAUCAUCUGGUUGAAUGUUGAACUAAAUUAUAUUAUUUUCUAAAUAAAAUAAAGCAGAAAUGAGGCA